GACGAGGUGACAACCGCUCGUUACGUCUAUUCCAAGCCAGUUAUUAAAAACGUCUCGGCGUGAGCGGAGUGCCGCCCUGUAAUUAUCCAGUUGACGGUUUCGUUGCGUUCACGUUGUCACCGCACUCGCCGGAAAUGCAAUACGUGGAUCCGCCCGCUCAACAGAUGAUGAAUAUGAUGGGAGGUUACACAUGCGGCUAUGGCCGUGGGGAUGCGUUGUCACCAGCAUCGGAUCUAUCAUCAUGCAGCAGUGCUUCCUCAGGUGCAUGGUGUGGAGCACCUGCGUGGCGUGAACUACCACCGUAUCCACCUCAGUACCCAACAUACUGGCCGUCAACCCCCGCCGCUUCCGAGGAAGCACGUGAACUCCAGCGCCGUUGUGCUAAGUGCCGGUGCCCUAACUGCCUCACUGAAGCCGCCGGUUUCGGACCUAACUAUGGCAAAGAUGGAACAAAAAGGGAACACGUGUGCCAUGUACCAGGCUGUGGAAAAGUAUACGGGAAGACAUCCCAUCUCAAAGCUCACCUUCGCUGGCAUACCGGGGAACGACCAUUCGUUUGUAAUUGGUUAUUCUGUGGGAAACGAUUUACACGCUCUGAUGAGCUCCAGAGACAUUUGAGAACGCACACUGGUGAGAAAAGAUUCUCUUGUCAGCUAUGUGCUAAGCGAUUUAUGAGGUCAGAUCAUCUUGCGAAACAUGUUAAGACCCAUGCAAAUGUAUCGAGGAAAAAUAAGAAAGCGAAAGAGGACGACAAGGAAGAGCCGCCUAAAUUGGCUGAGAAAACAGAACAAGGACAGUUGAGAAGCGAGCCAACCCCGCCUCCAGUGUCUGUCGGCAGCACUAAUUACGGUACAGUACCGCAAGUCGCCAGUUUCCCUAAACAGAUAUCCCUUAACUAUGCUUCGGUUGCUCCCAACGUGGUGUCAAGUGCAGGGAAUGGCUACAACAGUGCACCGUUCGGUAGUGGUGUGAUGAGUGGUUGGUAUCCUGACGUGCGACAGGAUUUUUAUGCGCAUACGCCCAUGAGAGAUCACCGAGUAUAUCAACAGUAUCCUACUCCUCAUUUGAGUACUUAUCAGUGUGCCGCAAAAGAUAACUAUACUGUAUUCCAAGGACAUUACAAUCUCCAGCCUCCUGUUGCCAUGGGACAAUAAGUAUGAAAUAAUUAUCUGUGCAUGUUUAUAGUGAUACAAUUUAUUUAAUGGAUAAUUAGAGGUUUUUCACAUAGUUUGUUGCUGCUAGCGUUUAUGUAAAUAUACGUAUGUUUUGUUUGUCACCGUUUGUUUAGUUACCAUAAACGUGAAAUAUGUUUUUAUCAAAAAAUCCAAUUAUCAUGAUAUUACAUGUGCCUUUAAAUAUCAAUUAAUACUGUUUUUUUCUUUAAUAA